UCGCUUCCAGGCCACCCUUCCCACCAGGCUAGGGGCUCCCGGGCUGACCCAGCGGCCGGCAGCCACUCCCCCGACUGGCAGAGGGGCGUCCCCUCAGGGCCGUCCAAGAGUGGGCAGUUUGGGCAGCCUCACUGGGACAGGGAAGCUGAGGGUUCGGGUUCCGCUGGCAGUUGGGCCGUGAAGUCAGGAGGUUCUGCUGAGGAGAAGGUUCCGGCAGAGCCCUGCUGCCCUCCAACCUUGGUUUUGUCCCGGAAGGAGGGAUGUGAGGUCAGGGCAGCCUCUUUGGGCCCCACGUGCUCCCCCAACCCCAGAGCUCCGGCUCUGACUCCCCACCGUCCCCCCACCACCCUUCACCCCCACGCCCGGGGCCGACUCUGGGCCGCUGUGGGGCGCGAGGCCCAGGCCUCCUGGCAGCAGGCCGACAACAAGUGGGCUGCAGAUGAAGCUCUGAGUUGCGGCUGGAGCUGGGGGGACCCCCAGGUGAGAGCUUCUGUGCCCCGUGAGACCCCCAGGUCCCCUCACAGCCCAGGCUGCCCUUGGGCUGGCAGGCACCGUCCCGCUCUUGCUGUCCAGCGCUGUGUGUCCUCAGGUGGGGCCUGGACCUCUCUGAGCCUGAGCUUCCUGUGUGGACGGCGAGAGCCGAGCCCUCCCUGGGCCCUCGGUGAGCCCUUCCUGUGUGGCCCAGCGGGAUGAGCCAUGAGCGGACAGACAGCAGCCCCUCAUCCGAGGCCUCACCGCCCUCCCAGCUGAGCACCAUCGCCCCGGAGGACCUGGGGCUCCUGGAGGAAGAGUUGGCCAGCCCUGAGUCCCUGAGCCCAGAGGAGGUCUCGGAGAAGGAUGCGUGCAGCCACCUGCCGUCCGAUGCAUCCAACCCAGAGCAGGGCACCCCGAAGCACUGGAAGCAGCUGAAGAAGUGGGUGGCUGGCCUGCAGGCCGAGGUGGCGUCCCUGCGGGGACACAGGGCCCGCUGCGAUCAUGCCACGCUGAGCCUGCUGCGGGAGCUGCUGCAGGUGCGGGCCUGCCUGCAGCUGCAGGACGCACAGCUGAAGAGGCUGCAGCUGGAGGCGCGGCAGGCGGUUUCAGCCCCCGAGAAGGAAGCCGUCCAGCUCCCUGGCCCACAGCAGCAGAAUCAGAUGCAGGCUCUGGACAAGAGGCUGGUGGAAGUCCGGGAGGCCCUGACCCAGAUCCGGAGGAAGCAGGCGCUCCAGGACUCCGAGCGGAAGGGCGCCGAGCAGGAGACUAGCCUCAGGCUGUCUGAGCUGACCGGGAAGCUGAAGCAGGAGGAGCAGGACCGCGAGGUGGCCUGCGGGGCCCUGCAGAAGAGCCAGGAGGAGGCGGGCCAGAAGCUGGACCACCAGGUGGCCAGGAUGCAGGCCCAGAUGACCAAGCUCGGGGAGGAGAUGAGCCUCCGCUUCCUCAAGAGGGAGGCCAGGCUGUGUGGCUUCCUGCAGAAGAGCUUCCUGGCCCUGGAGAAGAGGAUGAAGGCCUCGGAGAGUGCACGGCUGCGGGCGGAGAGCGCCCUGCGGGAGGAGCUGGAGGGCAGGUGGCAGCAGCUGCAGGAGCUGGACACGGAGCGUGUGCGGGCCCAGCAGGGCCAGUGCCAGGUGGGGAGGGGCGGUGCCAGGGGAUCAGUGUGCCAGGCCCCCUCCGCCCGGCCGCAGGAGGAGUGCCACCUCCUGGAGCAGUGCCGGGGCCUGGACAAGGCCGUGGUCCAGCUGACUGAGUUCGUGCAGCAGAACCAGGUGUCGCUCAACCGCGUCCUGCUGGCCGAGCAGAAGGCCUGGGAUGCCAAGGGGCAGUUGGAGGACAGCCGGGCUGGGGAGCUGGCCACCUACCUGCAGGAGAACCUAGAGGCCAUGCAGCUGGCCGGGGAGCUGGCCCAGCAGGAGACACACGGCGCCCUGGAGCUGCUCCGAGAGAAGAGCCAGGCCCUGGAGGUGUCCGUGGCCGAGCUGGUCAGGCAGGUGAAGGACCUGAGUGACCACUUCCUGGCCCUGAGCUGGCGGCUGGACCUGCAGGAGCAUACACUGAGCAUGCGGCUGCGGGAGACACAGAAUGAGUGGGAAGCCGCAGAGCAGCGGUGGCGGCAAGGCCUGAUAUGCUGUCGAGAGGAGGCGGAGACGCACCUGCGAGAGGUGCAGGAGCGACUGGACCGCCUGCCCCAGCAGAUAGAGGCAGUCACUGACAAGUGUGUGCUUCACAAGAGCGACUCGGACUGCAAGAUCUCUGCCGAGGCCACAGCCAGAGAGCUGGCGGUCGAGGCCGUGAGGCAGGAGCUGGCUGCCCUGCUGUCCUCCGUGCAGCUGCUCAGAGAGGGCAACCCCGGGCGCAAGAUUGCCGAGAUCCAGGGCAAGCUGGCCACGUUUCAGAACCAAAUGAUGAAACUGGAGACAAGCAUCCAGGACAACAAGACCAUCCAGAAUCUUAAGUUUAAUACAGAAACCAAGCUGCGCGCGGAGGCGAUGGCCACCCUGCAGGAGAGCGUGCUGCGCCUGUGGAGUGAGGAGGGCCCCUGGGCCCCGACGCUGGGCAGCAGGAGGGGCCCCAUGUCCCUGGGGCGGCAGCAGCUCUUUGUCAAGGAGGUGGCCCCCGACGACGUGGUCCCUGUGAACCGCUGGGGCGUGUAUCAGGCCGUGAGGUGGCUACAGUGGAAGGCGGUUCUCAUGAAUCUGACAUCCCAGCAGACGCCCAGCAGUGCGGCCCAGGAGAAGCCCCUCGGCCAGAAGCCUGCCCGCCAACUCUCAUCCCUGCCCGUUCCCCAGAAAUAAAUGUGCCCGCCCCAUU